AAACGGAAGUGAACAUUGACUAAGAACAAUUUCAACGUUAGCGUUUUUAUUAAGACGUUUAUUAACGCAGUGGAACUCAUGACAUUUAAAUGAACAGCAUCACAUACUUUUCCCAGGUAGUGUUUAAUUCUCGUUGGAGACGGGACUUGGUUGAUCGAUGUUAUCUAGUUAACGCUAGCUAGCUGCUAACAAUGGCUAACUGUAUGGUUUUUCACACUCAGAUAGCCUCCAUCAUGGAGGUGCUAGCAAAUGCAGCCGUUGCAGAGAUCUGUAAACUCGUAGACGACGACUAUGCAGUGUUUCGUUUGGAAAUAACUCAAAGUCGGAAAGAAAACAGCUCAUUGCGGAGGAAACUACAGCUGCUCGAUCUGAAAGUGGCACGGGAGCGCGCAGAAAGGACAAUGCGAGAGCGCGUACUCGCCAGUCGUCCCAGUAGUGUCAAGAUCCUCAACCGAAACAGAGGAAUGACCAGAGGUGAAGGACAUUUCACUGGAGGCCACAGGAGCUUUGUGAAGCCAGUGACAGACAAUACAUGGAGAGAUGACCAACCAAUCACUGUUGAUGAGGGGAGUGGAACCUCAACCCAGCACGUUAUCGUGAUAGAACCUGCAGAUGCCUGGUCUGAAAGAGAGGAGGACCCACGGCACAGCAGACACAUCCAGACUGGAGUGGCUGGAGUGCCCCAUGAAGCCACUGAGGACCCCACCACCGUCCCAGCACCGCCCAGGCCCAGGACCCAACGCAGCAUCACGGAGGAGGAGGAGGGUCCAGAGGUGCUGCUGGUGAAGGAGGAGGGUCUGGGGAACAUGGUCAUGGAGGACAACCAGACUACACCUACUCCUGAACCCACAGAGGAACCAGCUGAGCAGCACAGGACCACACACAGUCUCACUGAGUCAGUAGACAUGGAGGAUGGGAAGCCUGAUAUGCUGCUAGUCAAAGAGGAGACAAUAGAAGAUGGACCCGAGAGCAUUGACCUGCUGAGUGGGCUAAAGAUGGGGGAGCAAGGUGGUUGGCUGGAGGCUAACAGAGGAGACUGGGCGGACAUCUUGGAUUCCCAGGACGGUGCAGCCAAGGACCCAGGGGACAACAUCACUGAGCAGGCCAGGACUAGAGAUGACAUAGUGGAGUCUGCAGAUGCAGAGGCUGCAAGUCUUGGGGUCAAGCUGGAGAGGACUGGAGGAGAGGAGGACCAACGACACAUCAGAGACAUCCAGACUGGAGCUCCCCAUGUAGCCACAGAGGUCCCCACCACCUCCGCCCCAGCGCCGCCCAGUACCCGACGUAGCAUCACGGAGUUCAGUGGAACGCCGAACGCAUUCCUCAAGUCAGAGAUCAACACAGAGACUGUAAAACACAGGCUCUUACACCCAGGAUCUGACCACAGAUCAGACCCAGAGAGACUGGAGCGACUGGUCUGUCCUCCUGCUCCUGUCUCGGAAUACUUACCGGUAUUUCACCAGAGCCAGAGGACAGUUCAUUCCUGUUGUGACACGUUAGAUACUGGUGUUGAUGAUCUGCCUUGCUCUUACACACCAGAGAUGGACCCUGGCAACAUGCCCUUGGGUUUAGAGACACAGACUGAUCUGUCUAAAGGGGACUGGAACCAGUACAGUAGUAGUGUAUACUCUGAAGGGUUCCUAGAUAAGAAAGGGGAGGUUAUAGUCAUAGACGAAGUGACUGUGAAAAUGGAGGGCGACGUUCCUCUGACACUGAAUGCAGACAAGACUCACUUAGGACUUGGACACUCACAAGGUAGAGAUGUCUUAGAUUACAGGGAAAGUUUAGAGACUAAUCCAAAUGUUGCGACCCACUCCCCUUUACACAUUCUCAGGGAUCGCGAUACAGUGUCCACGUCGAUGGGGCCUUCCGAUUCACACGGCCGCAUCCUUUUCUAUCAAGUAUUGAACUCAAAGGACCAAAGGGCCCAGGCUCAGGAAGGGGGAGCAACAUCAGGCAAUAGUAAAGAGAAACGGUUCAUCUGCAUGUCCUGUAACAAAGGCUUCAGCUGCCUCCAGAAUGUAAAGACUCACCAGAGGGUCCACACAGGGGUGAAACCCUUCAGCUGUACCCAGUGUCAGAUGCGCUUCUCCCACUCGUACAGCCUGAAGAGGCACCAGAGGGUCCACACAGGGGAUAACUCUACAGCUGCCAGUAGAGUGAGAAGCGGUUCUCCCACCAGAACCCGCUGAAGAUGCACCUGAAGGUCCACACGAGAGAAAGGUUGUUGGCCUGUACGCACUGUGGGAAGAGAUUCUCAGAGAAGAGCUACCUCAGGAUACACCAGCUUAAAAACCAUUCACUCUACAACAUAGAAAGUAACCAUUCCACAAGAUAGCUUCUGACGUUUAGAUCAAACCCUGCUUCAAAGUCAAAGAUGAAUUUUCAUUAUUGUUAUUAGAAAAGAUCCACAGAUGCAUUUGGAAUAACGAGAGUAACAUUUCAGUGUUGAAUAUUCCUGGGUAGAAUACUGCAUCCAGCAAUUGUGUGAUUUAUGAAGGUGUGUGUAUAUAUAUAUAUAUAUAUAUAUAUAUAUAUAUAUAUAAGCCUAAAAACCCAGUUACUUAGUGUGUGUAGGCUAUAUGAUGUUCACAAAUUCCUAUUUCAUUACUUCCAUUCAACUACACUUUUAAUGAGAAAAUGAAGGCAGUUUAUCAAGUUCAUGCAGAGUUUUUGUUGAGACGUACAAUGCCGUCAGAAAGUGUUCUCACCCCUUCACUUUUUCCACAUUUGUUGUGUUAGACUGAAUUUAAAAUUGAAUAAAUUGAGAUUGUGUCACUGGCCUACACACAAUACUCCAUAAUGUCAAAGUGGAAUUAAGUUUAGACAUUUUUACAAAUUAAUUAAAAAUGAAAAGCUGAAAUAAGUAUUCAACCCCUUUCUUAUGGCCUAAAUACAUUCAGCAGUAAAACUUUGCUCAACAAGUCAUGUACGUUGCAUGCUCACUCUGUGCACAAUAAUAGUGUUUAACAUGGUUUUUGAAUGACUACCUCUUCUCUGUACCCAGUACAAUUAUCUGUAAGGUCGCUCAGUUGAGCAGUGAACUUCAAACACAGAUUCAACCACAAAACCUGGGAGGUUUUCCAAUGUCUCGCAAAGAAGGGCGCCUAUUGGUAGAUAGGUCAACAACAAAAAAACAUUGAAUAUUGCUUUGAGCAUGGUGAAGUUAUUAAUUACAGUUUGGAUGGUGUAUCAAUACACCCAGGUACUGCAAAGAUACAUGCGUCCUUCCUAACUCAGUUGCCGGAGAGGAAGGAAACCGCUCAGGGAUUUCAGCAUGAGGCCAAUGGUGACUUUAAUACAGCUAUAGUUUAAUGGCUGUGAUUGGAGAAUUGAGGAUGGAUCAACAACAUUGUAGUUACUCCACAAAACUAACCUAAAUGACAGAGUAAAAAUAAGAAAUGUACAGAAUACAACAUAUUCCAAAACAUGCAUCCUGUUUGCAAUUAGGGACUAAAUUAAAACAGCAAAGAAAUGUGGCAUUUUUAAAAACUUUAUGUCCUCAAUACAAAGCGUUAUGUUUGGGGCAAAUCCAACAACACAUCACUGAGUACCUACCACUCUUCAUAUUUUCAAUGUUCUUAUCCCUUGCUUGCUAGCUAUCCAACUAUGGCUAACUUAGUCACAUUAAACAAUGCAGGCAGAAUAACAACAAAGUAGCUGCAUUUACAUAAGCUGUCUUUUAGUGACAUUUAUUUGGAUACAUCCAUAACAAUGAGCUAAAUGAGGCGCGAUUUCACCUGGCAUAGAAAAUGUGCUCUCAUGAGGACACUUGUUCAGAGGAGCUAGCUAACAACACAGCUAACACAAUCACUUCAAACUGAAGCUGGAAAGACUGAAAAUGCAGAUUUAAACAGCUUCCAGGAUUAGUCCCAUCCAUUGUUUAAUGAUCACCAACCAACUUGACAGAGCUUGGAUACAGUUUAAAAGAAUAAUAUGGAAGUAUUGUACAGUCCAGGUGUGUAAAGCUCUGAGAGACUUACUCAGAAAGACUCAGCUGUAAUUGCUGCCAAAGGUUAUUUUAACAUGUAUUGACUCAGGGAUGUGAAUACUUAUGUAAAUCACAUAUUUCUGUAUUUAAUUUUCAAUAAAUGUGCUAAA